AUGGUGUGGCGGAGUGAGGGAGGCGCCGGACGAAGAUUAUGGACAGGCUACACUGCUCUUGUCGCCAGAAAUCUGCCUUUCACUGCACUCCAAUUCCCGCUGUUUGAGAUCUUUCGGGGCCAAAUUUGGAACUGGAAGAGGGGAGGUGCAGAAUCAUCACACACACGGAAAGAUUACGCGGACAGUGACCAACUACAAGACACCAGGCAGUCGAAGGAGACGCGCCAGAAUGGGCCUCAAGUCGGCUCUUGUCGAGACAGGUUUGGUGACGGGAGCAAGUGCUGCAGUCUCGGGCAGCCUUGCAGCGUUGCUGACCACUCCAUUAGAUGUGGUCAAAACGAGAAUUAUGCUCAACGCCGGGAGCUCAUCAGCCCCGGAAACCACAUGGGAAAUUACGAGCAGGAUAGUCCGAAAAGAGGGGGUGCGUGGCAUCUUUCGGGGAGCUAUGCUUCGUGGGACAUGGACGGCCCUGGGGAGUGGCUUAUAUCUGGGCUCAUACGAAAUGGCCAAGAUUUGGCUCAAAGGGACAUCACCAGACCAUCCUAA